CUGUGGGCGAAGAGUUUAUGGAGCAUUAUCCAAGCCUGAAGAUUGAUUGUUCGACUGUGUCAAAAAUAUUAAAGAGAGCCGAUGAAUACCAAUUUCAAGAUGAUGUUGCUGAAACAACUUUUCAUCAUUGUCCUGUGAAGAAAAAGCCUGUCAAUUUGCACAAGCAUUUGCUACCCGAAGGAUCACUUACAUUUUCAAAUGGGUGGGUUACUAAAUUUAAGAAACAUAAUGAAAUAAGAAAAAUUACAAUGCACAGUGAAGCAGCAAGCGCACCUUUAGAAAACUUGCCUAAAGAAUGGAAAAAAUUGCAAGAACUUCUCUCCCAUUAUAACUCAGAAGAUAUGUAUAAUGCUGAUGAAACAGGAAAUUCAAGUGAAGUCCAAGAUAAUGAUACAGAUGAACCAUCAUCUGAAUCUGAGAAUGAUUCUAUUGGCGAAAUUGAAGAAUUUUAA